GGACUCUAGAACAUGUUAACAACGUUGAAUUGAAUGUGCGUAUUUAUUAUUUCAUAAUAUAAGAACAAAUUGAAGUCCUUAUUCCCAAUUCUCCUUUCAAUUCAAUUGCAGCAAUCUCAGUCUCUGCCCCAUGGCUUACGUUGAGCGAGGUGUUGUCAAAUCAAAGCGAUCAAUAUGGCGGCUUAAAACAAUCACUGAUUUUUUCUGGGCCAUUGUUAACUACAUAGGCUUGUUUUUUGCAACUAUGUUCUCGAUGGAAAAGUCAGAUGCCUACAGAAAAGGUUCUGUUGGUAAGAAAUGGGAUGGCGGUGCUCCUGGAGGAGGUCCUGGUGGUGGUGGCGGCGGUGGUGGCGGUCCCCGAGGUCCUCCUCGUGGGGGUCUUGACAAUGUUCGUGGGCUAGAUAGUAUAAGGGGACGUGAUCAUAGUUCACUUCCUGCCUGCGGUUCCUGCUGUGGCUGAAUGUUAGAGAUCCAAUUUGUGUAUAUGCCUUUUAUAUGUUACGGUUUGUAUCUGGUGUUGAACUGGUAUAAUAUGUAAACAAACAUCGAUACGACUUUCAAGCUUUAUAUGUGACCAUAAGCUGAAAUAACAAAAUUUAACUAUAUUGACGUAUUUUGAUAGUCUUCAAAUGACCAA